AUGUCCCGCAACACUGACGCGCGCCCGUCCUUUGAUACGCGGCCCUCCGGGCGCGGCUCGGUCGCGUUCGCCCGCGAGGACCGCGCCGCGCGCUUCGAGGUCGACGUGCCCGGCGACGUCGACGGCGAUGACGAGGCGUGCCUCACUGGCACCACCACGGUCGGCGAGAGCGACCUCGGGCACUCGUUCAGCCGGUCGACGAGCGGCGGUGUCCGGGCCAGCGACGUGACCAUCGAGCGCUACGACCGCACGUCCAACGUGGUUGUGGCGACGGCAGGCGCCGAGCACCUUGAGAGCCUCAACCACCAGUUCUCGGUGCGCCAAACGCUCUUUGACCAGCCGCCCGUGCUCGAGAACGACGAUGACGCGCGCCCGCUCAUGCAAAUCACGACGGUCGCCGACCUCGACCGCGACGAAGCGCCGCACGAGUACAAGGGCCGGCUGCGGCGGUGGCCGGGGGCGCUCCUGCUCCUCUGCAUCGUCGUCGUCGCCGCCGUGCUCAUUGUCGUCGGUGGCCUCCACUCGCACACAAAGUCCGCUGCGCUCAAGGUCGCCGCGCAGAAGCGCAUGGCUGGGAAGCGAUGGAUCGGCGACGGCAGCUACGAGAUGGACGAGGACGGACUCAUCAACAACCCGAUGACGUACGACCAAAAACGGUGCAAGCUGCCCAACUACUUGAGCAAGAACGGGCGCAUCGUCGCCGCAGCACCCAACGGGACCGAAGUGGCCGUCGGGAUCAAGGGCACCAACUGGUUUGGCAUGGAGACGAUGGACGCAAUUCCGUUUGGCUUGUGGCAAAACGACAAGAACGGCACGACUGUGUAUGACGUGGCUGCGUUCCUGGACAAGCACAAGUUCAACAGCGUGCGGAUACCCGUGUGCGUCCAGCACAUUUUGAAAAAUACCCCGCCGAAAGCAGGCUUGGUCAACAAGAUGACCAACCGCGCGCUCGACCUGACGUCGUACAUGACGGCGCUGCAGACGCUCAUUCAAGCGCUCGCCUACCGCCAGAUCACUGUCAUGCUCAGCAUGCACGCGCUCCUCCCGCAGCCGCUCAACUCGGGCGGUCUCUGGUACAACGCCGACAUUUCGGAGAGCGACUUCCUCGACUCGAUCGACCUCCUGACCGCGGGUCUGUGCUCGGACGCGUACUGGAACGUGCUUGGCAUCGACCUCAAGAACGAGCCGCACAAGGCAACGUGGGGCACAGGCACCGCGACCGACUGGGUCCUCGGCGCGCGCAAGAUCGGCAACCGCAUGCUCGCGGGCUGCCCCAACUGGCUCGCGUUCGUCGAAGGGAUUUACGCCGAGAAGCACUCGGUCGCGGUCGACGAUAGCACCAACAUCACGUACGCCGACUGGUGGGGCGCGGGCUUGCACAAGGCCAAGGAGACGCCGGUCGUGCUCAUGGCCGCCAACAAGCUCGUGUGGGCACCCCACUACUACAACCCGGGUGUGUAUCCCAUGGCGUACUUUUACAAGGACCCGGUCACGUUCGAAGAGCUCGAUGACGCGACGCUGGCGAGGAACGUUCGCGCCGUCAUGCAAGACAGCUUUGGCUAUCUCGUACACGACAACCCCGCAGUCGUGCUCGGCGAGUUUGCCGGCUUGUACGCGACGGACCUGCACCCGCUCAAGACGACGCAGCGCGCGACGGACGCCACCGUCGAGGUCAUGGUCCAGGACCGGUACGCAGGCGGGUACAUGUGGUCGCUCAACCCCGAGUCCGCCUACCAGUACAAUCCUGGCAACACGCCCGGCACGUUCCACGAAGGCCUCGUGGAGCUCGACUGGCUCACGCCCAACGCGGGCUUCCUCCAAGGCAUGGAGAACAUGAACCGAAUUGCAAACUUGCGCAGAUUCCCAUGCUUUACAUGACCAACUCAACGACGAACCUGGCUGCUGCUGCAGUGCGCGCAAUAAAUUUAGUUUAGCUACACUCCGUUCACC